AGUUACUUUAAAAAGAUCCUGCAGAAUUAAUUAUACCAAUGAAAUAUUAUUUCAUCAAAAAGUGCACGCUACGCUGUUUUAAAUGAAUCUCUUGAUGUUACCCUCCGGGUGCAUUUUUUUCUAAGAGGUAAUGGAGGAUGAACAGAAAGCUUAAUAGGUCGUGGAUAUAAACUUUACAUGAAUGUUUACGUUUUUAUUAUGAGUGAUUUUGAUAUCUUAUGGAUUUCAGCGAUUGAAAUGCAAAGAAUAAUCGCAAGUCAUCAAUCAACAAUUUUUCUUCGACAUAAUCUUUAUCAAAUGCACCAUGAUCUGUGGAUCAACAAAUCGACUCAGUUCACUAAUUCACUUCGAGAAUUAACCAAACAUGAUAGAGAAAACGGAGCACAGAAAUUGCAUCGAGUAAUGAAAAUUUUGGAUUGGCUUCAAGGAGGACUGACCCUGCCUUUAUGAUUUCAUCCACAUCUGAUAGCGAAAGCUAUGCGGCUCCUUUGUUUUGGAAGCUGACCUCUUUCAUGUAUGUCCUCUUUGUGGUGGGAUUGUACUCGGUUUAGGACAAUCAUGUGUUGUCCAGCAACACAGAAUGAUCACUGCACCUUAAUGGAAAGAGACGUGUAAAUGGCAGGGCGCAAUGCAUGUGUAUUAGAAACAUAGUUAUCGUCUGAUGAAUGGCCUACAAAGAACGUACAACUGACCGCCGAGCCUGCGGUGUAUGACUGUCUUUGUCAGCGCCGAUAAACUCAAAGCUCUUGUCAUUGGAGACCUGUUAAAUAGUUCAUACGUUGGUUACCAUCUGUUGCGUUCAGGGAUGUGAAAUGCUAAACUUGUGUUUACUGUGUGAUUGGAACUGAAAUCACAUCAGCUGUUGAUAACGUCGUGUGUUGGCUAAACCGAAGAUUGCAAAUCGAAGAAUUUGCUGUUGCGGAGCAGAUAGGGAUUUGGAAAUCGAGAGACGCCUUAACUGCGAGAGACCGUUACUGAUUACAAAAUUUUGAAUGAAUGCAACAUAUUUUGUUUGAGGAGUUUUCUUGUUGUUUUGCUUUUGGUAGAGUUAGCGGAACUUAAUGUGCGCGAAUGCAAUAUCAAAUAACAGUUUCAUUGAAUUGUUUUUGGCUUUUUUCACCAUGUGCUGAUCUGCUUUUCGCCGCCAAGUUGAUUCCUGAACACAGCUGCCACAACUACAGCAGAAGCCGAAACAUGAGGUUAGCAAGGUAUCUUAAAAAAUUAAUGAACGAGAUAAUUCGAAAUCACUACAUCUUCUUUGUGAACACAAUUGCGAGAAAAGACCGCAAAGGGAGAGAGGAAAUUAUUUCAAUUCAUUUACACUAAAAUUUCAUAAAAGAUUAUUCCAUUUAAGUUCACUAAAAACAACGUUAAUUUGUAAAUAAAGUGCGACAAAAAGCUGAUCGAUGGUCUCUUCAUGGAUUUGCUUCAAUGAUCAACUCAGAAGAUCGGGUUAAGUUUAACGGAGAUUUGAGAAGUGGUUCUUUUCGUUGGUGAUCUACUUGUUGCUGCACGCUACACUGCCUCACGGUUAGUACUGCGGUUACGAUGGGUGUUACUGACGCAUACGGUCCGAAUAGAAAUGGUAUAAUAUUUAGUCGCUCCAUAGACAUUGCCAUUAACACAACUUAUGUUAUUCUAACCUUGAUCAACUUCGUCGGGAAUACAGCAAUCAUAUUCUUGAUUUCACGACAUCGCCAGCUUCGAACAACGGUUAAUAUUCUGCUGUUGAAUCUCAGCUUAUCUGAUAUCGUUGGCGGCAUUGGUGUCUACCCUUACAUUUUUGUGACAAAUAUGUCCAGCAUCUCAGUUAACGAAUCUCACCUGCAAAUGAUUUGCAGUUUAACAGAGGGUCUUUCUAUAUUCUUUUUGGCAUCAGGAGUUGGCUUGAUGACUCUCUGUGCAGUUUCGUUCUAUCGAUAUAGCAUCAUUCGUUUCCCGCUUCAGGCCAUAUGGACUCGAUCGAAACGAACAGUCGAAACAAUCAUCGCUCUUAUGUGGACAUUGAGUAUUGUAUUUAUUGCACCGGCAGCCAUAUCCUAUCGAUAUUCGCAGGAUUUCGACGUCUGUAAGAGAGACUGGCGAUACGUAAACGGCGAUGUUUACCGAGGCGUAACGCUAGUGGUCGUAAUCAUAAUUCCUAUAGCGUUUAUGUUCCUUUGCUACAUCUCAUUAAGGCGUGCACGUCGGAAAAUCACAUUUCGACGGCAUAGCACGGCCUGUCGUAUCAAGAUGAUGAAAAGAAGCGAAAAGCUUGUUGCUCUUCUUAUUGCAAACUUUGUACUCUGUUGGGCCCCGUUUUUGAUCUAUUGGGGCAUGAGAAUGUUCAGCUCACAGUUUCCGGAUACUUACGACGGACACACAAAUACCCUGAAAUGGGUUCGCGUAACUGUCAUAUUUGCAGUCGUUAACGGUUCAGUUGACCCGUUCCUACUUGCAGCCAGUAGCAAAGAAAUCAGAAAUAAAUUUAAAAAGCUGAUAUUUAGAAUGCUUCGGGUUGGACAAACAAGCACCACUGUAGUCAGAUUUAGAUUAAAACGCCCUGCACGCAUAUUCACUGUAUAGAAAUAGUUAUUUUGCUUUUGGAUAAACAAAGGUUUUAAGAUUUUUGAUCUUGCCUCUUUAAUUUGAUUCAAGAUGCAUAUAGAUUAAGAUGUUUUUUUUCGGUUUUUGGUUGCUCUUGGUUAGUUUUUGUUGGGAUACUUUCAUAGAUUACGGUUUUGCUGUAUAAAUUAUUUAUCUUGUUUGAGAUCAACAUUCAUUAGGAUAGUUUCUAAAUACUUCAAAGUUUGAAACUAUCUUGGAAGGUUUUUUGUAGAUAGUGGUUAUAUAAUGAUGUGAUUGACAAACAUCAUUUUAUUGGGAAAUCAUUUUGGGGGAAAAGUAUAUUUUUGUGACUAUAUUUUGUGACUGACAGUUAAACGAGCCAUUUGACAGUACGUUCCUUUCAUUGUUGGUAUCGUCUGAAUUAAACGUCUUGCAUAAUUUUCAUGGAACCUAUAAAUUCUGUUGUGGGAAAAAUUUUUCAAAUACAUGAUGACUAAAAUGGGAAAGUUUUCGAAGUUUUAUAAUGUCAAGAGCCGUUAAACAAGUGAGAAGAUUAAUUUUGAUCUCGUGACUAUAAGUGAUUUUGUGGGAAAAUGGAUAUAGAUUACCAACAGCUAUUUUGGCAGAUAUUCCUAACUUGGACUUGUUAUUUUCACCUUUUAUUGUUAAUCUAUAUUUUAUUAUGGUAUUGCAUAUGUGCAUAAACUUCGAUACAUGAUUUUUUUUCUACCAUCUUA